UGGCCAGAGACCAAAAAUAUUUCAUAUGCAAACAAGCUCCAAAAAGAUCUUCACCGCUAGGGUUCAGUGUUUAAGUCCUCAAACUUUCAUCACAUGCUGACACCACGUUGCUACAUCACAAAUCGCUCAUAUCCCCUGGUAAAUCCACACCUUUUGUUCUUAAUUUCAUUCCAAUGUUGUUUCAUUUCAUUUUUAGAUCAAUUUCUACCCACACUAAACCCUAUUUAAACCCCCAUUUUCGUUACAAUGGCAUGUUCUCAUUUACAACUUCAACUUUUAGUCCUUCAUCAAAUCAAUACUCAUUUACACGUAAUUAUCUCAUAAAUUCAUGUGGGUUAUCACCAAAAUCCGCUCUUUUGGUCUCCAAGGAUCUUGAUCUAUCAAAAUCCCUAAAUAAACCUGACUCUGUUCUUGAGUUCUUCAAGAAUCAAGGAUUUACUGAUUCUCAAGUUUCAAAACUAAUUUCUAGGCAUCCGAAAGUCUUAUUAACUGAUAUCGAAAAUACCCUUUUGCCGCGUUUCAAUAGUUUAAAGUCUCUUGGUUUUUCCAGUAAGGAUAUUGCUGCCAUUGUAACUGUUGCACCAAAAGGGCUUUUGCGUAAAAGGCCGAAAGAAACAGUCUUGCCUUGUGUUAGUUAUUUGAGAAGUGUUUUAGGGUCUGAUGAUAAAGUUAUUUGUGCUAUUAAGCGACACCCUUUAAUAUUAACUUAUGAUUUGAAAGUUUAUGGUGCUGAAAAUAUUCGGUUUUUGUUAGAACAAGGGGUUCCUGAAGAGAAUAUUGCAUUUACGUUGGCACACCAGCCUAGAACUUUUCUUACAUCGGUUGAUAGGUUUAAGAAAAUUGUUGAGAAUGUGAAAGAAAUGGGAUUUAACCCUUCGAAAACGAGGUUUCUUUUGGCAAUCCAAGCUGUUAGGGGGAUGAGUAGAUCGACUUGGGAUAACAAGUUGGAGCUUUAUAAGAAAUGGGGUUUGUCUGAAGAUGAUAUUUUUCUGGCAUUUGAGAGAUGUCCUGGGUUUAUGAUGGCUUCAGUGGAUAAAAUUAGCGGAAUCUUGGAUUUUCUUGUUAAUACAAUGGGUUGGGAAAAAAGUCUUAUUGUUCAGUGGCCGAUUGUGAUGUGUUUUAGCCUGGAGAAGAGGAUUAUUCCUAGGUGUUUACUUUAUCAGUAUUUAGGAGAGAAAGGGUUGACUGAAAAAGAUGAUUUUUGCUUUAAUAAGUGGUUGAUGUACACGGAAAACAAAUUUCUCAAAUUUGUUGUGAAGAGGUAUGAAGAUGAAGGCCCGGAGCUUUUGAAAUUGUAUCAGAAGCAUUUGGAUGAGGCUAAUAGAUCUACUACUUCCACUCCUCGAAAGACAGAUUUAAUUUGAUUCUUGAGGUUAUCAACUUCAGAUUUUGGUAUGAAUUUCUUAGAGGUUCUACAAUCCACAUUUUAGUUGCUGUUUUUGAACUAUGACUCGUAUGUUACUUGUUCAUACACCCUUUCAGUAAACCUUGUGCAUUGCCAUUCCUUGUCCAAAUAUAUUGUACUAUAGUUUUUUUUUCCAA